GGUUGAGCGCGAUCCAUUGUUUACAUCGACACAUAUCUCGACGCAUCCUGAGGAACGGUGUCUCACAUCGUAUCCUCGUUAGCGACCCAAUCGCCGAUCAUCAUUAUCGCCGUGAUAAACGACAGCUGCGAGCAAACAUGUCAAGAGUAGCGGGAAACUCUCCCGCGAGAGCCGCAAACAAAGGUGAGCAGCAACAACAGCAACAGCAGCAGGAAUUCCCGCUGAGUCUGGAUAAAGACGCCAGCGAGCAUAGCAUUUCCAGCAUAAUGUCGUGCGUGUCCAUCUCGCCGAAACACGCAGAAAGUAGCCUCCGGGUUAUGGAGAGUUAUCUGCACAAGCAACAGCUGACAGACGUCACGCUGAUCGCGGGAAAUAAACGUGUCCCAGCUCAUCGAUUGGUCCUCAGUGCUGGCUCUGAAUAUUUUGCUGCCAUGUUCACAAGCUCUUUACGAGAAUCGGCACAAAAUGAAAUAGAAUUAAUGGAUGUUGAUGGAGAUGCAUUAUGGGCUUUGGUUCUUUAUUGUUAUACAGGUUGUAUAGAAUUACAAGAGGAUAGUGUAGAGACUCUUCUUGCAACAGCGUGUUUAUUACAAUUGAAUCCAGUUAUUAAAGCAUGUUGUCAGUUUCUUGUCAAACAGCUCCAUCCGAGCAACUGCCUAGGCAUACGAAUGUUUGCCGAUACGCAGGGUUGUUCGGAAUUAUUUGAACACGCACACGCAUACACUACAAAACAUUUUAUGGAAGUUACAAAAAAUCAAGAAUUCUUACUGUUAUCUGCCAACGAAGUUGCGAAAUUACUUGAAUCAGAGGAUCUUAAUGUUCCCUCAGAAGAAACUAUAUUUCAGGCUCUAGUGACUUGGCUGGAACAUGAUCCAGAAAACAGAAGCAAAGAUGCCAGUACAUUAUUAGGUUUAGUCAAAUUACCAUUGCUAUCACCCGCGUUUAUAGCUGAUAAUAUUGAGAGUAACGAAAUGUUCAAAGACCAAAGAAUGGCGCAGGAAUUAGUAAUGGAAGCAUUAAAAUAUCAUUUGCUGCCUGAGCGAAGGCCUUUGCUUCAAACAGGUAGAACGAAACCUAGAAAAGCUACUGUGGGUACAUUAUUAGCUGUUGGAGGGAUGGAUGCCAAUAAAGGUGCAACAUCUAUAGAUGCGUUUUCAUUGCGCGAUAAUGCCUGGAGAUCUUUAGCUGCCAUGAGUAGUAGAAGAUUGCAAUUUGGCGCAGUAAUAGUCGAUAAAAAAUUGAUUGUCGCGGGCGGUAGAGAUGGUUUAAAAACGCUGAACACAGUAGAAUGCUUCGAUUUCUCUACUCUUGCGUGGAGCACUCUACCACCUAUGAACGUCCAUCGUCACGGAUUAGGAGUAGCAGUAUUAGGUGGACCUUUAUAUGCUGUUGGUGGCCACGAUGGUUGGAGUUUUCUUGAUGCGGUCGAGAGGUGGGAUCCGGCAACGCGUCAGUGGAGUUCGAUAUGCCCUAUGUCCAUACAAAGGUCUACAGUCGGUGUGGCUGUGUUAAAUGAUAAAUUAUAUGCUGUAGGAGGAAGAGAUAUCAGUUCCUGCUUAAAUACUGUAGAAUGCUAUGAUCCGCAUACAAAUAAAUGGACACCAUGUGCGCCUAUGUCGAAAAGGCGGGGUGGUGUAGGCGUAGGAGUAGUAAACGGUUGUCUUUAUGCACUCGGUGGUCACGAUGCUCCAGCUAGUAAUCCGAAUGCUAGUAGAUUCGACUGUGUAGAAAGGUAUGAUCCUAAAACUGAUACAUGGACUAUGGUUGCGCCAAUGAGUGUUCCUCGAGAUGCGGUCGGUGUAUGCGUAUUAGGUGACCGACUUAUGGCCAUAGGAGGAUACGACGGUCAGCAAUAUCUCACAUUAGUGGAAGCAUAUGAUCCACAUCUCAACGAAUGGGAACCUGUUGCUCCUCUUAAGGCUGGCCGUGCAGGACCCUGUGUUGUUGUAAAAAAUUUAACUAAUACCAUAUAGAUCAUUUUUACUAAAUAAUCAGUAAUUCUUGCUAU